UGUGUGCGAGUGGCCACUAGUUCUCCAGGCUUGAAUCCAAUCAGUGAUAAAGUUUUCUCAUGCUCUUUAUUUUUUCUAAGGUUUAUUGGACUCUGGUGAAGAAAUACCAAGAUGGCAGUGAUGUUUCUGGAAAAUGCCUUGUUUUUGAUUAGCUGGGCUUUGCUGCUGAUCUGUGCUGCUACACAGAGGGAGUAUUUCAUCCCAUCCCAAAAUCUCAGCUGGGUGGAAGCCAGGGACCAUUGCCAGGCCUGCUAUAAGGAUCUAGUGAGUCUGACUCCAGAAAACAUCCAGAUCAUUGUCCACAUGCUGAAAUCCGAGCACUGGAUUGGUCUUCGCAAGUACUUCCCCAACAUCAGUAACACCGACGGCUCCACUUGGAUCCAGUGGGCAAACGGGGAUCCGGUCGUCUUCCAGAACUGGCAUCCCGACAUGCCAGUCUCUAAAUUUCCCCUCCCAAAGAUAGACUGCUGCAGCUGCUCCUGCACUUGCCCAGCUACCACCGCCGGCAUCUUUUCAACCAUUUUAACCACAGAGCCGGUGACAAACUUUACCUCUGUGGGAUCUGGGGUGACAAAGUCGCCGCCGCUGAAUGCAACGUGCGAGCGAGCUCCUAUAUUUCCCCCAGUGAUCCCAGAGACAAAUAAGUUGUACAUUGAGGACUCCUGCGUCGUCAUGCUUCGCUUUGGGCUUUGGGCUGAGAGGAACUGCACAGACAAACUCCCCUUCAUUUGUUAUGAAGACAAAUUCAUCGGGCGUGUGGAUAUUGCGUGCAACACGUCUCAGAGCGCCUUCCUGAAGUGGCAACCUGGGCCUGGUAAUGUCGAGUAUUACCAAGUAGAGAUUAAAGGAGUGCCCUUGUCACAACAACCCCAACCUGUUUUCGGCCUAAGCCUCUCUCUUAAUGGUCUUACUGGAGGCAACUACUAUGAAGUCAAUGUCUCUGCUGUAAAAUGCCAACGAUUCCUCAACCCCCAGCUCGCUUCUUUCUACACAGUGCCUAACAAAGUCAAGGAUCUCAGAGUGGACUACACAACAGACACGUCCAUCUUUCUGAGAUGGGAUGUGCCAGAUGGAAAUGUCAGUAUGUACUUGGUGAAGACGGGAACUCAGCAGAGGGAAGUGAACGCAACAGAGUUAGACUUUAAUGGAUUGAUCCCCGGGAGCUGUUUCACAUUCACUGUGCAGUCUGGAGUCCAGGACAGGUCCAAGUGGAGUGAAGGAUCUGUAGUCAGCAACUGUACAAGGCCCGGCAAAGUGUCCAACCUGAACGUUUAUGAUGUAACAAACAACCAGCUCACACUAAGGUGGAAUAAACCUGAUGGAAAUUUUGCAGGCUUCUUUAUAAAAGUUAGCAGCAGGAACACAACCCAACUUCUUGAUGCAAACCAAUCUGAGACCGAAAAGAUAGUUACUGCUUUGCCAAGUGGCUCCUAUAUAACCAUCGAAGUGAGAGUGAAAGCCAACAGCGACGUGAUGGGAGACGCCACCGUCAUCCUUGCUUACACUGUUCCUGAACCAGUCUUGAACCUGAAGUUGCAGCCUGGGAACAAAGAGCUCACAGUCACAUGGAGCUACUCAGACAGUGCCGAUGUGACAUUCACUGCUGAGCUGUGGAAGGAUGAUAAAUUCAUGAAAAAUGCCACCACCACGGAAAAGCAGAUUAAGUUUCAGGACCUGAAGUCUGCAACCAAUUACACUGUGCAAGUCUAUGCUGUUAGUGGCACACAUCCAGGAAUACAUGAGUCAGCCUCAGAGUUUACCUUGCCUGGGACUCCCUUAAACAUCAGAGCAACAAACAUGUCAACAAACAACAUCACAUUGGAGUGGGACGCCCCUGACGGCAUAACAAAAGCCACAUACAUCGUUAAUUUCACCAAUUUCUGGGGAGAUAAAGUAACAGUAGAAGUCGUAGACAACACCAAAUACGAAUUUACAAACUUAAAAUCAGGAACCAGGUACUUUUAUAAAGUCUACAACAAGGCUGGAAGCUUCCUAAGUUUACCGGCAAUCUACAAUGUUUCUACAGAUCCAGUCAAAAUGGAAAUCACUCUGUCCAUGCUGUGCUCCUCGCCACAAUCGCUCUUCUGUGCAGAUGUCACCCAAAAGAAAAUGGUGCUUAAGCAGCUACGUGACCAUUUCAACAGUACACUGGGUUCUAACAUAUUCUGGGAGUUCGACAAACUGGAUAUUUAAAAUGGCACAAACAUGUUUUGUUUUACCCUCUGUGAACAGUACACUAUUUUUGUGAUGUGAACAUUAUCUCUGCAAUAUAUUACGUAAAAGAGUUUGAGUUUUUCCUUUCUCCUUACAAAAAGGUACUUAAUAUGCAUAUUUUGGGAUCUAAAUGUACAAACAGGUAUUCAUGAAAAGUGAUUUCUUAGUGUAAUCUGUAGAAUUAUUCAUAUGAAUAAUGAAUAUUAUCCGUUUUUUUCUUUCUUUUGCUUAUUAGUUCUUUUUAUAUAAUAUAAUAUAUAAUAAAAUAUAUAGAAAUAAUAAAACAGUAAAAACCGAGUAUGACUGUUGUCAGGCUUUUGUACGAAUGUGACAUUUCAAACUAAAAGUUAUAAAAACCUGAAUUACCCUUUUAUGACUGUAAAGAAUGACAUAAUCAGCUUAAAUCUAUUCAACAUUAAUAUUUCUGUCCGACAUGGGUAACAUUAAUGUGUUCAGUUUUUAUUGUUUUUUUUUUUUUUUGCUUCAAUAUUUUGUUGGUUUGUUACUUUACAUAUUAAGGUUCUCUUAUUCUGUAUUUAUCAUCUCAUCCUCUUUGGUUUGAUGGAACUAAAGUAUGUCUGUUGAUCUGUUAGAGUUGUUUUUUCUCCAUAAUUGUAAGAAUAAAAAGAAUGACAACAUUUUACUACAGAAAA